AGAGAAGACGUUCCCAGACCAGUCAGUGGCUUCAUGGAGUUCUGUACAUCCGAUCCGCCGCCAUGGAUUGCAAUCCGCGAUCACUCCUUUUCAUUUUACACCUUUUAAUGUCCUGCGUUCUCCCUGUUUUCACCGUCAUCUACCCCCCCAAUGAAGUUAACCUGUUGGACUCAAAAUCAAGUCAAGGGGAGCUAGGAUGGAUUUCCUACCCAUCACAUGGGUGGAGGGAAAAUUGGGAGGAAAUCAGCGGGGUGGACGAGCACUACACUCCAAUUAGGACCUUCCAGGUCUGCAACGUGAUGGAGUACAGCCAGAACAACUGGCUUCGCACGAACUGGAUCCCUCGACAGUCAGCAAGGAAGAUCUACGUAGAACUCAAGUUCACCCUGAGAGACUGCAACUCUAUCCCAUUGGUACUGGGCACCUGUAAAGAGACCUUCAACCUCCUCUACCUGGAGAACGACGAUGACCAGGGAAGUCAUUUCAGAGAGCACCAGUUCCUCAAGAUUGACACUAUUGCUGCUGAUGAGAGUUUUACCCAAACAGACCUUGGAGAUCGCAUCCUCAAACUAAAUACAGAGGUGCGCGAGGUGGGCCCCUUGAUCAAGAAGGGUUUCUACUUGGCAUUUCAAGACGUUGGUGCUUGUGUAGCUUUAGUUUCAGUUAGGGUUUACUUUAAAAAGUGCCCGUACACUGUGAAAAAUUUGGCCUCCUUCCCUGAUACAGUUCCUAUGGACUCACAGUCCCUGGUGGAGGUCAAAGGUUCAUGUGUCAAUCAUUCUAAAGAGGAGGAACCUCCACGGAUGUUCUGUAGCACAGAUGGAGAAUGGCUGGUACCUAUUGGGAAGUGUCAGUGCAACCCAGGAUAUGAGGAGAGGAGCAGCGCCUGCCAAACGUGCAGGGCAGGCUUCUACAAAUCGUCCCUCGGCAACAUGGAGUGUUCAAAGUGUCCGCCUCAUAGCUUUUCCCACCAUGAAGGGUCACUGCACUGUAGCUGUGAGAAAAACUAUUUUCGAGCUGAGGGGGACCCUGCUUCUAUGGCAUGUACUCGACCUCCUUCUGCUCCUCGCAACGUGAUCUCCUCCAUCAACGAGACCUCAGUUAUCCUGGAAUGGAGCUGGCCAGAGGACGCUGGAGGACGAAGGGAUAUCACCUUUAAUGUUGUCUGCAAGCGCUGCCGGGGAGUUGCAGCUAAUGGCAGCAACAGUGGGACUCACUGUGAGCCUUGUCGAAGCAACGUUCACUUUCUGCCAAAAUCAACAGGCCUCCAAAACACCACAGUAACAGUGGGUGACCUACUGGCCCAUACGAAUUACACCUUUGAGAUCGAAGCGCAGAAUGGAGUUUCGUCACUGACACCCAAGAUAAGACAAUAUGCUGCAGUCACCAUCACCACUAAUCAAGCAGCUCCCUCUCAAGUAACAGUGAUCCGAAAGGAGAAGACGUCUCGAAACAGUGUCUCCCUUUCCUGGCAAGAACCAGAAAGACCCAAUGGUAUCAUCCUGGACUAUGAGAUUAAAUACUACGAAAAGGAAGAGCAGGAGACGAGUUAUACCAUCCUACGUGCUCGAGGUUGCAAUGUGACCCUGAAUGGUCUGAAGCCCAACACGGCCUACCUGCUUCAGAUCAGAGCUCGGACGGCUGCUGGAUACGGAGCCAGCAGCCCCAGCUUUCAGUUUGAAACCAGCCCUGACUCAGCCUUCUCGAUCUCCAGUGAGAGCAGCCAGGUUGUGUUAAUUGCCGUUUCCUCCGCCGUGGCCAUCAUCCUGCUCACUGUUCUGCUCUACAUCCUGAUUGGCAGGUUUUGUUGCCGCAGCAAAUCCAAACAUCCUGAUGAGAAAAGGCUUCACUUUGGCAAUGGACACUUGCGUCUGCCAGGUAUCAGGACUUAUGUGGACCCCCACACGUACGAGGACCCCAGCCAAGCUGUUCAUGAGUUUGCCAAGGAGCUGGACGCUUCUUGCAUCGCUAUUGAUAAAGUCGUGGGAGCAGGAGAAUUUGGAGAGGUGUGCAGCGGUCGCCUGAAGCUGCCCAGCAAGAAGGAGAUCUGCGUAGCCAUCAAAACUCUUAAAGGAGGGUACACAGACAAACAGAGGCGGGACUUCCUGGCGGAGGCAUCCAUCAUGGGGCAGUUUGAUCACCCUAACAUCAUCAGGCUGGAGGGGGUAGUAACCCGCAGUAAGCCUGUCAUGAUCGUCACAGAGUACAUGGAGAAUGGAUCCCUUGAUAGUUUCUUAAGAAAACAUGACGCCCAGUUUACAGGAAUCCAGCUGGUUGGCAUGCUCCGUGGCAUCGCCUCAGGCAUGAAGUAUCUGUCAGACAUGGGCUAUGUUCACCGAGACCUGGCAGCUCGGAACAUCCUGGUCAACAGCAAUCUGGUGUGCAAAGUGUCAGACUUUGGCUUGUCCCGAGUGUUGGAGGACGACCCGGAGGCUGCGUACACCACAAGGGGAGGAAAGAUUCCCAUCCGGUGGACCGCCCCAGAGGCUAUAGCCUACAGGAAGUUUACAUCAGCCAGUGAUGCUUGGAGUUAUGGCAUUGUGCUCUGGGAGGUGAUGUCAUAUGGGGAACGGCCAUACUGGGAGAUGUCCAAUCAGGAUGUAAUAAAAGCUGUGGAUGAGGGUUACCGCCUACCUCCGCCCAUGGACUGCCCUGCUAUGCUCUACCAGCUGAUGUUGGACUGCUGGCAGAAAGAGCGAAACAAUCGGCCAAAGUUUGAACAGAUCGUCAGCAUCCUUGAUAAACUCAUCCGCAACCCUGGCAGCCUCAAAAUAACAGCAAACACUACAACCAGACCAGCCAACUUAUUGUUGGACAGGAGCAGUGUGGAAGUUCCAUCCAUGGGGACGAUGGGGGACUGGAUGGAUGCAAUGAGGACCUUGCCUUGUAAAGAGGCCUUCUCUGGGGUCAGCUACAGCUCCUGUGAUACUCUGGCCAAGACCUCAACAGAGGAUCUGAAAAAGGCUGGAGUGACUGUUGUAGGACCACAAAAGAAGAUAGUGAGCAGCUUGAAAGCCCUAGAUUCCUAUACCAAGAAUGGUCCAGUACCUGUUUAAAUAAACACAAACAAAAAAAAGAAAAGAAAUGAGAACUACCAGCGACCACUCAGCUGGUCUGUGCUGACAUAACGCAGUGACUACAUAUUUUAACUACAUGAAAAUGCAAAUGGAGGCUGACAAAGAUACCAUCCAUGUGAGAUGGUUUUCCCUGUUUUGGGGAACGACAAGAUUCCGACAGAGAAGUGGAAACGAGUUCAGCACAGACCUGCCAGUUACUAAACUGGCUGACAACCUUCUUCCUCCAUGCCCAAGUCAAGAUGCCUUACAGACUAAAAGAGGGGUAAAAAACACAUUGAGGAUCCACAAGAAGGUCAAAAAGACAUGAUCAGGAAUACAAACUUGGUCUCUUUUGGGAUACAGGGCAAGAACUAACACAAAGCUGGAACUCUCCAUGAUUGUGGCCUAGCCACAGAA